AUGGUAUUUAAACGAAAGAAAAAACUUGAUAUAUCAAUGCCAAAAGAUUUUCAACAUAAAUUGCACACUCAUUUCGAUAAAGAUAGUAAUACACUCAUUAAUUUACCACCACAAUGGACAAGUAUAUUGAACAACGAUGAAAUUGCAGCCGCGACUGCAGUAGCUGCAGCGACACAUGCAGCAAGAGAUCGACAACAACAAAGAUAUCAACAUCAUGAAAGACCAAAACCUUGGGUGGAAGAUCCUUGUAAACUGACGCCAACAGAUUUAGAAAAUUUAAAAUUGCAAACAAUUGUUCGUGGAGGUUAUCAACAGCUUCAUAAACAUGUUUCUAACCAUCUGAAUGCCGAUCAAUUAAAUACGAUGCGACAGACCAGUCCUUCUCGUCCACAAAAUAACUUUCAAUUUCAACAACAGCAGUUGAAUCAUGUUCUUCCUCCGCUACGUCCAAAAAGCGUUGAUGAUUUACAUCAACAACUACAUCACUCUCAUAAAAGUUCCUUUGAUUAUGAAUCAGAAAAUGUCUCAAAUAUUCAUUCCCAACAACAAUAUUUAACUACAGGACGAAAUGCACAUUUAGAUAGACUAUACAAUUUAAAACCCACACCGUCACCCAUAUUACAAGGUCUAGAUUAUCCUCAACAGCAACCGUUAACAAAAAAGUCUUCGACAACCAAUAAUUAUCAAAAUGAUUUAAGGCAACAGUCACAAGAUUUUAUCGAUAGUCUACAACCACUUUCAGGAAUAUCCGAUCAUGGUGGAAUAGCACCUGCAACACCAAAUAAUUACAACGUACAAAAAUCAUCAUCACAUGAUUUGCAUCAACCAGUGAAGAAACAACAUGCAUAUCAAAAUGGAAUGAAUGGAAAACAAAUGAUGAACGGUAAUGGACAAGUAGCUACUACAGUACCGUUCGUUACGGCGACAAGAGAUAAUGGCACAACAAAAUUAUCACAUGAAGGAUUUAUAAACGCAUUACAAUUGGUUGUCAGUAAACAGGAUCCUCGUUUGAUGUAUGAUCAUUAUGUGAAAAUUGGGGAAGGUUCAACAGCCAUUGUUUGUAUUGCCACUGAUAUUUAUUACAAAAAACAAGUGGCGAUUAAAAAGAUGAAUAUUUUAAAGCAACAGCGUCGUGAAUUGUUAUUUAAUGAAGUUGUUAUUAUGAGAGAUUAUAAACACAAAAAUAUUGUAGAAUUGUAUGGUUCCUAUUUAGUUGAUAAUGAAUUAUGGGUAGUCAUGGAAUAUUUAGAAGGUGGUGCAUUGACCGAACUAAUAACACCUCUGCAGACGUCAAUACCAUCUCAUAUUGUUGUUGAUAGUGUAAUACAACCACGAAUGAAUGAACAACAAAUCGCCACUGUUUGUAAAUCUGUAUUAGAGGCAUUGGAAUUUUUACAUGUAAACGGUGUUAUUCAUCGGGAUAUUAAGUCGGAUUCAAUUUUGUUAGCACCGGAUGGUCGAGUAAAAUUAUCCGAUUUUGGCUUUUGUGCACAAGUAUCUCAAACACAAGUAUCAAAAAGAAAAUCACUCGUUGGAACACCAUACUGGAUGAGUCCAGAAGUCAUUCAACGUACGCCAUAUGGAACGGAGGUUGAUAUAUGGUCGUUGGGUAUUAUGGUUAUUGAAAUGGUCGAUGGUGAACCGCCUUAUUUUGAUGAACCACCAUUAACAGCCAUGAGACGAAUUCGAGAUAUGCCACCACCCAGAUUAAAGAACCAUCAUAAAGCAUCAUCACGUUUGCAAGGUUUUCUAGAGCGAACAUUAGUUCGUGAUCCGUUAUUACGUGCAACAGCCACUGAAUUAUUGACUCAUCCUUUCUUAUGUUUGGCCAGUAAUCCGUCAUGUUUACAGCCACUAAUGGCUUCGGCAAAAAAAAGAUUUAAUCAACAAUAA